AUGCUUAGCAAGAUCUCACACUGGCUUGCAUCGCGGCACGAGGACAAAAUCGGCACAAGCGAUGUUUUUGCACAGCGGCGCUACGAUGCAUUGACGCGGCUCAAAAAUGCCACAUUGGUAGUGCUACGAAAAGAAAAUGCAGCAGAUUUAAAUAACAUCGAUGAGCAGCAAGAUGAUACAUCUGUAGUACAAUUACCUCGGGAGCAGCGUUUGCAACUGACAGACCGUGAUCCUUGUGUUGGCGAGCUGUGUGUGGCUCUGGAAGAGUGCCUGAAGUUAGGACUUAAGUGCCGUAGUUAUGAGGAUGAGCCAUGUUGGUGGCAUGUAUUGUAUGCCAGCACGCUUAUUGUUGACGAGCAGACGUUGGUACAAAGUGUACUGUCGGCUGCAUUCCUGUCAGAGACGGAUGUAGGAAAAGCACGUUGCUGGCUCAAGAUAGCACUGAAUAAUCAUACGAUCGAAUCUAGUGUUAUGAUGAUCUUUUCCAUGGCAUGCGAGAACUUGAUACGCUACAAUUACGAAGAAUGGUCCCUCGUUCGGUGCUCAGAAGGUCUCGGUUUGUUUCUGGAGCUUGUCAUUGCUCUUCGAGAUGUACAUUUCGCGAUUGAAGUCAACGGUGAACCGUUUUACAUACCAGAACAAACGUCAAGUUCGGAGCUAGAACUUCAUGUUGACGGCAAUAACGAAGAUAUGGUCUCAGCAAUUACGGAUGAAGAUAUCGCUGCAGCGGUGGGAGCAUCACUUUCUAAAGCAGAGGCAUUUUUACCGCUUGUGGAUUCUGAGCUAGUUUACGAGGAGGCUGAAAACGUCAAAGAUGUAGAGGUUGAAGGAGUUGAGAUUGAAAGGACGGAAGAUAAUGAAGAUGAAGAUGAAGCUGUCCAAUUACCAUCAGCCUUGUUUCCACAUCGCCUAAAAGGCAUCAAACCGUCCCAAUAUGUGUUCGGUGUUAGUCUGGCGUCCCUUUCAAAAAAUCCAUACCACAGCCGCUAUGCUUCAAUUGAUCCUUUCUUGGCGAUUCCAAACAUUGUUGAUGACUGUAUUAAAAUAUUGUGGAAUCACCCAGAUACUUCGCGGUUGUUUCGCUCAACAGUAUUGAAUAUCCGGCUGAACCAACUUCGAGAAAUUGUCGAGACAGAAGGCUCUGUGCCGCAAGAUUUGGAUCCGCAAUGCGCAGGAGCGUUAUUCUUGGAUUUUUUGAGAAAUCUUCCCGACUCCGUUGUGACAGAUGACAAAUAUGAUGCAUUUGUGGCGGCUGGACAAUUACAUGAUGAAGACGCAAGCAUUCGAAAUAUUACGUGCUUGGUAAACGAUCUACCUGUGUGUUGCCAGAUAGUAUUAAAUAGGGUGAUCAGCUUAAUGAACUUCUUGCAGCAGCCAGAGCAUUGUGAACAAAAUGGUAUCGACGUGCUUACAGCGUCUACAAUAUUGGCACCAGUAAUUGCGUUCAGAAAAGACUCCGGGAGUGGCUCGCCAUCUGAGCGUAUGCGUGCAAGGACACAAUCGCAAUAUCAAGACGUUCGGUAUGCCGCAGUUGGUGCUCAAGUUGUCGAGCGGAUGAUUCAGCAUGAAGCGGCUAUCUUCCAGGGUGUACGUGUGCAAAUUGUUGAUGCACUUGAGCGCUUGGAGGCCAAAAAGGAGGCUCUACGCAUGGUAUCGCAUCAGUUGAAGCUUCAACCGCAGAUGACUUUUCUGUCGGAUCGGCAGCAUGUAAAUGAGAUCACGCGAUUAUUUCGUAGGCACUUAAAAGGAGAUGAUAUCAUACUGCCAAGUUCCACGGACAACGUAUCUACAGAGUACCUGAAAUUCGAAUACGCAACAGAUCGAAAUAAAGAAUGCCAGUAUAGUGCUGCUGUAACUAUGGAAGAUGCAAUGCGGGGACUUACAAGUCCACGGUCUCCAAAUGCCACCAGUGGCGGGGCAUCUUCACCUUCUGUCAGCGAAACUGCAGAACAGGAUCUUGUGAGCAUCUGGGAGCAGUUUGGCUUCAAUAAGCCAACCAUCUUAGGAAAUUUCGAAAAAGGAGGCGUGCUGUUACUUCGAGCCAUAUCUUACUGGUUAAAAAAUGAUGCAAAUGCACUAACCUUACUGAAAAUGCGUGCGCUGCCAUCAAAAUUACCGUCCUACGACGCGGGACUGGUGGCAUCAUCUAUUUGUGAGUCAUUAGUCAAGAAUUUGAAAUUAUUCUUGAGCCCAAAGAAUCCGGAGGUUGACAUAGUAGCGUUAUCGUUGGAACCGUUUUGGAAAUUGUUUGACGAAGAUAUGUAUUUUAACAAAUUAUUCAUGUUAAUGUACCAAAUGUUUGACCAAUUAUGGAGUGAUCUGGAUCCGAAGUCGGCAUCGUUUACUCGCGUGAUUUCUGAAACGGAAGGAAUAGUUAACGAAUUGUUGAAGACAGGUGUAAUCACUGUAAACGAUCUGCGAGCAGAAUGGGGGAAAAUACGAGCGGCUCGUCUUCGUGAAUCAAAAGAAGAAGAUAGAACGGUAGCCGAAGAAGACCUGGUUGAAGAAGGAAGGAGAGAAUCUCUAGUAGUCCUCCCACAUCCAGAUAAAUCGCAGCUUUUAAGCAACUCCAAAGUGAUCGAAUAUAAUCUAGAUGACUAUUUGCUAAAGCUAAUCGACUCAUCGAGCAUUUUGACAGCUGACCAUAUCGCGUGCAUUGACCAUGCAUUGCCAAUCACCACUCAACUGUGCCGAUGGUACAAGAUUUACAGCGUCGAAGCGAAUGGAUCUUCGUUGGAGACAUUGCUGACAUUGGCGAAGAAGCAAAGUCCAACGUUAUUAGUGGUUAAGGACGCCAAGGGGAACGUGUUUGGCGGUUUUGCUUCGGACGAAUGGCAUCGUGCGUUUAACUAUUAUGGAACUGGUGAGUCAUUUUUAUUUUCGUUCGCGAAUACGAGCGCAGCCGGAGGAUUUGUGAAGUACCAAUGGAGCCGCAAGAAUAGCUACUUCAUGCUUUGCUCCGACGAAUCUUUAAUUAUGGGUGGCGGCGGCAAUUUUGGUUUAUUUCUGGACAGUGAUUUAUCAAGAGGGACUAGUGGAGCUUGUGAAACGUUUAAUUCACCUCCAUUAACCGUCUCGCAAGAGUUUUCAUGUGUUCAAGUCGAGCUCUGGGGCUUUACCACUGGAGACAAACCUGCUGAACUUGGUUAUUGUAACAGAAAGAGUGUUCUAGACUAG